AUGCAGGUGGUGUGGGUGAUGCUGAUCUGCCUGGCUGGAGGACACCUUGCCAGUGCCCAACUCUGCAAGACCUAUGGCACCAUCCCAGGCAUCCCAGGGUCACCAGGACUGCCUGGCAGCAACGGCAGAAAUGGGGAGAAUGGCCCAAAGGGAGAGCAAGGACCCCCUGGCCUGUCUGAGCAUGAAGGAGACAUAGGGCAGAAGGGAGAGCCAGGAGAGCCAGGACACCCUGGCAAGAUCGGCCCCAGGGGCUUUCCAGGUCCCAUGGGAUUGCCAGGAAUUCCAGGACUCCCUGGACUUCGGGGGGACUCUGGUGACUACAAAGCCACCGCCAAGUCUGCCUUCUCUGCUCUGAGGAGCAUCAGCUCCUACCCCCGGGCCAACUACCCCGUCCGCUUCGAACGCGCUCUCACCAACGAGAAGAGUCACUACGAGAGCCGCUACGGUCGCUUCGUCUGCCGCGUCCCUGGCAUCUACUACUUCACCUACCACGUCACCUCCAGGGGCAACCUGUGCCUCAGUAUCAUAAAGGGUCGAAGUAGCAGCACGGGGGAGAAGGUGGUGACCUUCUGUGACUACGUGCAGAGCAGUUACCAGAUCACCACAGGGGGUGUAGUCCUCCAACUGGCAAUGAAUGAGUCUGUCUGGCUGCAGCCAACAGAGAAGAACUCUCUGGUGGGGAUAGAAGGAUCUGACAGCAUCUUCUCUGGCUUCCUCAUCUUCCCUGAUGCUUAG